AUGGACCUGCCGGCCGAAAUUCAUCUCCUCAUUACCGAACUACUCAUUUACCCCGAUGCCCUAUCCAUGAAACACGUCAACAGAUAUUUCUCCAAUCUCGUCGACACCGGUGUGCGUAAGAAGGUCGAGUGGCUUUGCCAGUGUCGUAAGCUGCACCUGGGAUGCCCCAACGACAGGCGCUGCGACCUUGGUAGCGACGUGAGGUUUUGCCGAGGCAGUGUAAGGCUUCUCAUGCAACGUUGGAGAGAGCACAACGAAUGUGAAUCCCGUCCAGGCCUCGGCUGUCUGGUAUACAGCACUUCAACGUGUCUGCAUCGCAGAAAGCUGGGAAGCAGAGUAAAGAGGUGGAUGCGACUAAAGCUAACGAUCGACAUACCGCUCCUGAUAUUGGCCUUGUUGGUCGUACUUGGGGCCUGGUGGGCUGUACCCUUGUUCAGUCGAUUUUUGCAAUGA